AAUCGCACUACGCGUGCGCGUUCAAUCCACUUUGCUGUAGAGGGAGACAUGGCGACGUCCCUGAUUUGCGGCCGUUUGACGGCUAGCCUGAGAACUUCAGGGGCUAGAAACACUAUUAGCUCCGCUUGUAAGGUUCUUGGUGGUUCUUCAGGUCUGUUUGGCGGCCAUGUGUCCCAGCCCCAGCCCCCUCACCUGCAGCAGCAGCAGAGGAACCUCUCGCUACAUGAGUACAUGAGCAUCGGCCUGCUGAAAGAGGCCGGCAUCUCUGUGCCGGCCGGCAUGGUGGCUAACUCCUCAGAGGAGGCGUACGCUGUGGCCAAGCAGAUUGGUUCAAAGGACCUUGUGGUGAAAGCUCAGGUUCUGGCUGGCGGCAGAGGAAAAGGGACGUUUGAAGGUGGACUAAAGGGAGGAGUGAGGAUCGUCUACUCGCCAGAGGAAGCCCGAGACAUUUCAUCUCAGAUGAUUGGUCGAAAGCUGUACACCAAGCAGACCGGGGAGGCGGGUCGUAUCUGCAACCAGGUGUUCAUCUGCGAGCGCAGGUACCCACGCAGAGAAUACUACUUUGCCAUCACCAUGGAGAGGUCCUUUCAGGGCCCUGUGCUGAUUGGCAGCUCACAGGGUGGCGUGAACAUCGAAGAUGUUGCAGCGGAAAAUCCAGAUGCCAUUGUGAAGGAACCCAUCGACAUUGUGGAGGGUAUUAAGAUGGAGCAGGCUGUCAAGGUUGCUCAGAAGAUGGGCUUCCCUCCAGCGCUGGUGAAUGAGGCAGCUGAGACCAUGGUCAAACUGUACAAUCUGUUCAUUAAGUAUGACGCGUCAAUGGUCGAGAUCAAUCCCAUGGUGGAAGACUCCUCUGGCAUUGUGAUGUGCAUGGAUGCCAAGAUCAACUUUGACUCCAAUGCAGCGUACCGCCAGCAGAAAGUGUUUGAACUGCGGGACUGGACUCAAGAGGACCCGCGGGACCGGCAGGCCGCCACGGCUGACCUCAACUAUAUCGGUCUUGAUGGAACCAUCGGCUGUCUGGUAAAUGGAGCAGGUCUGGCCAUGGCUACCAUGGACAUCAUCAAGCUCCAUGGCGGCACACCAGCCAACUUCCUGGAUGUAGGAGGAGGAGCCACAGCUCAUCAGGUGACGGAGGCCUUCAAACUCAUCACCUCUGACAGGAGGGUUCAGGCUAUCCUGGUCAAUAUCUUCGGAGGAAUUAUGAGGUGUGACGUCAUCGCCCAGGGUAUCAUCAUGGCUGUAAGAGACUUGGACCUCAAGAUACCCAUCGUUGUCCGGUUACAAGGAACAAGAGUGGACGACGCCAAAGCUCUGAUUGCUGCCAGUCCACUGAAAAUCCUGGCCUGCGACGACCUGGACGAAGCUGCAAAAAUGGUUGUAAAGCUUUCUGAAAUCGUCUCCCUUGCAAAGGAAGCUCAAGUGGACAUCACUUUCCAGCUGCCCAUCUAAGAAACCCAACCUUUCAGAUCUCUUCCUCCAAGCACUUCCUCUCUCACACCGCUGGGUCAGCCUAUCAACAACACGCCACUCCACUACCCAAUCAAACAGCAACAUGAGCUAGAGAGAAGACACAUUAGGUUAGCCCUUUGUUGAACCUCUUUCUGGCUCUGUGGCACAAUGACACGACUCUGAACAGCCCCCCCCCCCUUUACUCAAAGUCUCAAACCCAGAAAAUACCCUUAAGUUGCACUUGAGUCGAUACGCACAAACCUCCUCCUUCUCCUCCUCGUUCUUUUUCGCUCUCUUCCACCCUGAGAGGGACACUCGCGGUGAGCCUUUCUGUCUUCUUUGGUACUUGUUGCGAACACUUCCUUUGACCUACUUUGAAACAAUAAUAGAAUAAAAACAGUAGCUUUGUCUUGUUACUCGGUGUUCAGGUUGGGGCUCUUUUGAGUCUGAUCAUUUCCUGUUUUCAGCUGAAUGCUUGUGAGCUGGGACCCACUAGUGCUGUCCAUUACACGGUUUAGCACGAGUGCCUUUCAAUCUCUAAAUAGGAAUGUAUCCCUCCAUUCAUGAUUUUCUUUGUGUGUGAGUGAAGAGCUACAAACACACAAACAACAUGCUGGCAAGCUUGACACUGGCAUGAGGAAACAACCUCAGUUUUCUCCUUAAUGGAGAAUCAGCAGCAUUGAUUUAAUAUUGGUGGGGUUUAUUUUCCAUGCAGGCCUCAGUGUUAUUUCUGUACCUCCUGUAGGCAUGAGUUCCUCAGCCUCCUUCAUUACUCCUGACACAGCAGAUGUUUCCUCCUUUCAAAACUGCACACUCGGCACGGACGGUCUUCGGGUUCAUCUCUGACUUUACCUGAAGGUUUGAACGGCUCAAUCCGGUUUAACCCGGGUUUGAACGAGUCGCAUUUGUUUGCCUGAAUUAUUAGACACCAGACCUGCGGGCGUAUCGAUCGACGUCAGGAUCUGAGCGAGUAUUGAUGAGCGGGCCUGGCGUUUGGACUGUGCCCCAGCUGUGGUGGAGCUCGUGUGUGGGUAUGUUGAACACAGGUGAUACAUCACAGCUAACUUUCUUUUUUAAAAUAAAUGAAUUAUUCAGUGUUUGUGUUGGGCACCUCAAGUUUUGCCAGGAAGGAACAUGGAGAUCAAAAGUUGAAUGAUCUCAAAGUAAAUCAAGAGAGCUUGGUGUACGUUCCUGUUCCCAUGGAAACUGCUCCUGCUUACCUGCCAGGUUUCAACCAGAUGGAGUUCACAUCUUGUGACCAUCUGACAAUCAAAAAGGCCGUUGUUUUGAUGUCUUUCAUGACAAUACUUUUAAGAUCUCUUUGUUUUGAGCUGCUAAUUAAUCCAAAUAAGGAAUUUGAAGUAUUCCCGGGCAGUGUGAAAAUAAUUAAACAGAAAAUGCAAAAAGUUCUCAGUUGCAGUCUUCGUGUUUUAAUAUUGAGAUUAUUUUCCAAAUUGAAACUGCACAAAACAGGAGGACGCAAGCACUUCCACUGUCAUCCAAACAGUACUUGCUUAUACUGUCUAAAGGGGGCAGCCAGGAAGUCUGAAGGUUGACGUUCACAAGUCACAAGUUUUUCCGGUUGAGCUCAAACUGAAGAGGACAGAAAAGUCACUGGUUCCGAUUGCAGGUUUAUCACCGUGUUCAAAGUGGUCAUUGUAGGCAACUUUCUUGUUAAAUGAACUACUGCCAUAAUUCCCCCCAAAGAGAGCAUGAAAGUCACCAGAAAUGGACUGAUGACUGCUGAAGACACUGGAAUUUUGUGUCGUUCUUUAUUUAUCUGCUUUGUUCUCUCUAUGGAAUAAUUCACUGGUUUAGACCUCUGCAGUUGCUGCUCCCGUGUGUUCAGUCGUGCCAUCGCGCCACAGUCUAUUAGCUCCUUUUUUUGUUUCUGUUUGUGAAGUCAGAGUCGAGGUUGGGGUACUCCAAGUCAAACUGUAAAACGGCUGUAGGUUUUUUUUCCUCCUUCCCUUUACUCCUCCUCCUCCAGCUCUCCAAACACAAGCCGACAUUGUGAGUUGUACGUCAUUUAUUUUAUCUUGUAAAUAACCAGACUGAUGUUCUCGCUCUGUAAAAUAUUUAUGCUCCUCACAAAGAGCACAGCAAAGGAAGAAAAAGAAAAGAAUAAAUACAGAGAACACCAA